AUGCCACGAGGAGAUUCGCCUGCCCUUCCGCUCUACGCUCCCAACGACAGCCACUCCUUGCGACCGCUGUCCCCCAAGCUAGCCUCUGCUCAGAUCUCCAGGUCGUCCUCGCGCCGUGGCCGCACCCCCGACCAGCCGAGCCACCGCGCCACCCAGUCCAUCACCUCCUCUUACUCGCUCCUGUCCGCCGACGAAACCGCCAUCCAGCUCGAGACCUCUCUGAAAUCUGGCCUUUCCCCGUCUGAAGCCUCGGCGCGCAUUCACGACCAUGGCCUCAACGAGCUGCCGCACGAGGAGCCCGAGCCGCUCUGGCUCCGUUUCCUCAAGCAGUUCCAGGAGACUCUCAUACUGUUGUUGCUAGGCUCGGCCGGAGUGUCUCUAGUCAUGGGCAACUAUGACGACGCCGUAAGCAUUGCCGCCGCUGUGACCAUUGUCGUGUCCGUCGGCUUCGUGCAGGAGUAUCGCUCCGAAAAGUCUCUGGAAGCCCUGAAUCAGCUAGUCCCGCAUUCUGCCCAUGUCAUUCGGAGCAACUUUCCCAACGGUCCGAGAGGCUCCCCGCGGAUUCCGCAGGAAAAUGGUUCGGCUGCUGUUCCCACCGGUGCCCUGGAGGACACUACUGCUGCGCUUGAGGCCGCCGAGGGCGCUUCUAUGACAAUCUCUGCCACUCAGCUGGUACCGGGAGACCUGGUGCUCUUCCAUACCGGUGACCGUGUCCCUGCCGACAUCCGCAUCACUCAUGCCGCCGACCUGUCAAUUGACGAGUCCAACCUGACGGGCGAGAACGAGCCAGUCUCAAAGACACCGGAUACUCUCGACAAGGCAUCGCGCGGCAACGGAUGGGCCUCUCCCGGGCCACAGGCUCCCUUUUAUGCCUCCCCGGCCACCGGCACCGUUGGAGCGGAUAUCCGUUUGAACGACCAGACUAACAUCGCCUUCAUGGGCACACUUGUACGCUCCGGGUAUGGUCAAGGUAUCGUCAUUGGAACUGGUGCCAACACGGAAUUCGGUGCCAUUUCCGCCUCGUUGCAGGAGAUUGAAAGCCCCCGAACCCCGCUGCAGCUGUCCAUGGACCGUCUUGGAAAGGAUUUGAGCUACAUGUCCUUCGGUGUCAUCGCAUUCAUCAUGCUCGUGGGUUUGUGGCGCGGGUGGGCAUUCCUAGAUCUCUUCACGAUAGGGGUUUCACUGGCUGUCGCUGCCAUUCCCGAGGGCCUUCCGAUCAUCGUCACCGUCACGCUGGCGCUGGGCGUGUUGAGAAUGUCCAAGAAGAAUGCCAUCGUCAGGAGGCUCCCGAGUGUCGAGACUCUGGGCUCGGUCAACGUCGUCUGCACCGACAAAACAGGCACUUUGACAACGAACCAUAUGACGGUCACGAAACUCUGGCACUUUGAGGACAAAGAGCCUGUCGACGUUACGCGAAAGAAAGACUCGGCCGCCCUCGAUCCAGCAACCCGGACCAUUCUGCGCAUUGGAAAUAUUGUCAACCAUGGUCGCCUGAUCAGCCCUUCCGCCGCCUCCAACGCGACUGCCGCCGUUCUGUCGUCGACGCUUGGCGGCGCCGACGACCCUUCUGGGGCCAAAAGCCGCUGGGUUGGCCAGCCCACCGAUGUUGCGCUUCUUGAUCUACUAGACGAGUUUGGCGAGGACGAUGUCCGCGACAGGAUUGGCGCACGGCUCAAUGAAACGCCCUUCAGCUCCGAGCGCAAGUGGAUGGGUUGCGUGGUACAAGGGAAUUCCGGCCAUGAAAGUGCAAGUGCGUCGGAUGUGGCAUACAUCAAGGGCGCGCUGGAAAAGGUACUGGAUCGGUGCGACACGUACAUCACCGCACAGGGCCGUGAGGUGCCGCUUGAUGACGCCAAGCGACGGGAGGCAGUCAGCGCUGCGGACCACAUGGCCCAGGAUGGUCUGCGCGUCCUUGGCUUUGCGAGUGGAUCAGUCCGCGGAUCGGGUGGCUUGAAGCCGCCGCACAGAAGCCGCAGUGCCGCUUCGUCUCCCGUGCUUGGCUUUACGCCCGAGAAGGACGAAGAUUCCUACCGCGGUCUCGCUUUCGCUGGUCUCGUGGGCAUGAACGAUCCGCCGCGCAAAGGUGUCGACCGCUCAAUCCGUCGCCUGAUGGCUGGAGGUGUCAAGGUGAUUAUGAUCACCGGCGAUGCCGAGACCACGGCCGUUGCAAUUGGCCAGAAGCUUGGCAUGCCCAUCAACCAGAACUCUUCGAUCGGACCGGCGGUUUUGCGAGGUGACGAGCUUGACCAGAUGACCGAGGAAGAAUUAUCCCGUGCCAUUGCUACAACGACCAUCUUCGCUCGGACAAGCCCCGAUCACAAGAUGAAGAUUGUAAAAGCGCUGCAAGCCCGCGGAGAUGUUGUUGCUAUGACUGGCGACGGGGUAAACGAUGCUCCGGCGCUGAAGAAGGCUGACAUCGGUAUCAGCAUGGGACAGCUCGGUACUGAUGUUGCCAAGGAGGCAGCAGAUAUGAUUCUGACCGACGACGACUUUUCCACCAUCCUCGCGGCCAUUGAAGAGGGCAAGGGCAUUUUCUACAACAUCCAGAACUUCCUGACUUUCCAGCUGAGCACCAGCGCUGCGGCAUUGAGUCUGGUGCUUGUAAGCACGUUCAUGGGCUUCAAGAACCCACUCAAUGCCAUGCAGAUUCUUUGGAUAAACAUUCUUAUGGAUGGCCCACCCGCCCAGUCGCUCGGUGUCGAACCUGUCGACCCUGCUGUCAUGUCUCGGCCUCCCCGGAGCAAGACGGCACGUGUUCUGACACGGCCUCUUCUGCAGCGUGUUCUUACGCAAGCGUCCAUCAUCAUGCUCGGCACGCUGGCCGUCUAUAUCCAAUGCAUGCAGGAUGGCGCCGUGACGGCUCGUGACACGACCAUGACCUUCACCGCUUUCGUCUUCUUCGACAUGUUUAACGCUCUUACUUGCCGGUCCGAAUCCAAGAGUGUGGUGAAAGGCGAGAUCAAGGUGGCAGGGAACCGCAUGUUCAACUUUGCAGUCAUGGGUUCUCUGGUUGGUCAGAUGUUUGUGAUUUACUUCCCAGGCCUGCAAAACGUCUUCCAAACGGAGGCGCUCUCGCUCGCCGAUCUGAUCAGGCUGCUCGCCCUGGCCAGCCUGGUGUUCUGGGCGGAUGAAGGGAGAAAGCUGUACACAAGGAUGAUGAGACGGAGAGGCUUCAUGGGUACCUACAGUGCGGCUGUCUGA